UAGCGCUGAGAAUAUGUUUGCCUCACUUUCCCGUAUUCUAUAAAUACAAUUAUUGAAAUACUUUGUAACUUUUGGUUACACUUUUGACAACGGAGAGGAGUUAUUGGCAGCUAGACUAUACUUUUUAAGUUCCCACAAUUUGAGCUUUAUUGCGCAUAUGAACCAUAAUGAAUUGCCGCUCACAGAAGAUGCGUUUUUCUACACGGGAGUAGCCUAGUGGUACGACUUCAUUGACAAGCAAAGGACGUCCGAGCACCACGGAUUAAUUGCAUUCCAAGGAUUCAAUUACUACAUAAAGAUAUUCUAACAAGCGAAAAAACAACAACAGCACUUAACUUGGUAGCCUUCUCUGAGGACAUAUCCUUUAUCAUCGCUGGAAUUAUUGCAGUGAGUCACGCACUUUUGGAAUAUAAUGCUUUAAUGUUGGCUGAACUACAAUAAAGUUGAUGCAUCUUCGGCAUGGACUUUUUCUAAUUAAAGUGGACUGGGAAUUUGACCAUGGCGCUUACAGGUAGCGGCUUAGGCCGGUUCCAUUUGAUUUUAUUGAUGCUAUGGACCCUGUCGCAAUACUCUUCAUCCAGCCAAGUCCGUCAAGAGUUUCAGGUAUUAGAGGAGCAACCGAUUGGUACCUACGUUGGAACAAUAGAGACCAAGCCCAGCUUCACCUAUCGUUUUAGUGAAAACCACAAACUUUUCGCAAUCAACGGCACCACUGGAGUCAUUUACACCUCCUCGGUGAUUGACAGGGAGAUUUUGCAAAGUAAUGUCAUCAAUGUAGUGGUACUCUCCAGCCAACCCACCUAUCCUACCGAAGUUAGGAUUAUUGUACUGGAUAUAAAUGACAACUCCCCAGUGUUUCCAGACGCGUCGAUGGUGAUUUCGUUCAAAGAGGACGCAAGCAAUGGCAGGCAAGUGAUUCUGGACACCGCUACGGAUUCGGACAUCGGCAGUAAUGGAGUGGAUCACACAACGUACAGAAUAGUGAAUGGCAACGAGCAAAGGAAAUUCCGUUUGGAUAUUACAGUCAAUCCUAGUGGGGAGGGGGCAUUUUUGCAUCUCGUUUCUGCUGGAGGUUUGGACAGGGAAGUAACUCCGUUCUAUCAACUUUUGAUAGAAGUGGAGGACAAAGGAGACCCUAAAAAGUUUGGCUACCUGCAAGUAAAUGUAACUAUCCAAGAUGUAAACGACCACCCCCCUAUUUUCGACCAUGACCAACAUCAAGCUAGUGUUUUUGAAGAUGCAGCAGUUGGUUCUAGUGUUCUGCAAAUAACUGCAUCAGACCAAGAUGAGGGAGUAAAUGCAGAAAUCAGUUACUUUUUAGAUGAGGGAACCCCUUUUCAGAUUGAUCCCAAAGCAGGCACCAUUAUUAUAAAAGAAAGUUUGGAUUAUGAGAGUAAGAAAGAAUACUCUUUGACUAUCCAUGCUGUGGAUAAUGGGGUGCCUUCUCUAUCUGGUAGGUCUGAGGCCACUAUCAAACUACUGGAUGUUAACGAUAAUGACCCAGUUGUGAAGUUUAGAUAUUUCCCCACCACAUCUAAGUUUGCCUCUGUUGAUGAAAAUGCUCAGAUUGGUACAGUGGUGGCCUUACUGACUGUCUCAGAUUCAGACUCUCCUACAGCCAAUGGUAAUAUAUCUGUCUCAAUAUUGGGGGGCAAUGAGCAGAAACACUUUGAAGUUCACACUUCCCCAGUUCCAAACUUAAGCUUAAUCAAAGUGGCGAGUGUGCUAGACAGAGAGCGUAUUUCCUCCUACAACCUGACUGUGUCUGUGUCGGACAAUGGUAAACCCACAGCCAGGUCCUCUUUUGCCAGCCUGGUUAUUUUUGUGAAUGAUAUCAAUGACCACCCCCCUAUAUUCCAAGAAGCCUUGUAUAGAGUAGAUAUCAGUGAAGACAUUCCAAAAGGCAGCUACAUUAAAGGGGUCUCUGCAACAGAUGGUGACUCUGGGCAGAAUGCCAACCUUCGCUACUCCCUGGUGUCCGGAAACGGUUUGGGGUGGUUUGCCAUCAGCGAGAACAGUGGUUUGGUUACCAGUGCAUCUUUGUUGGAUAGGGAAGUAGCAUCUGAAAUAGUGCUCAACAUCAGUGCCAAAGACCAGGGCCUUCAGCCUAAAAUCUCCUACACUAAACUAAUAGUCAACAUAACUGAUGUGAACGAUCAAGUGCCCACAUUUACACAGAGCACGUAUCAUGUGUCCCUGGUGGAGCACUGUCCAGCCGGCAGUGAGUUGCUGGUGCUGUCAGCCUCCGAUGAUGACCUCGGGGCCAAUGGAACUAUCCGGUUCUCAUUUGACCCAGAGACUCCUUCCAGUGAACAGGCAUUGUUCCGCCUGGAUGUUGCAACGGGCAGGUUGAGCACAGCCACAGAGCUGGACAGGGAGGACCGAUGGGAUUAUUUGCUCUACAUCCAGGCCACAGACUCCGGCUGCCCCCCUCUCCACUCCAUUUGUAAAGUAAAUGUCACCCUGAGGGAUAUAAAUGACAAUAGGCCGGUUUUCUACCCAGUCCAGUACUUUGCCAAUGUGCAAGAGAACGAACCCUCCGGCUCAUUGGUCACCACUGUGCUAGCCUCAGACCCCGACCUGGGGAGGAAUGGCUCAGUGAAGUAUACCAUAACUGCCGGGGAUACAUCCAAAUUCCACAUGAAUAGCAACUCGGGUAAAAUCACCACCUUGGUCCCGCUGGAUAGGGAGGAGAAGACAGCCUACCAGCUUCAGGUCACGGCAACCGAUGGUGGCGGACUCCGCUCGGACACCCAGGCCACUGUCACCGUUAAUGUCAUUGACACCCAGGACAACCCCCCUGUCUUCAGUCAGAGCCUUUACAGUUUUGUCAUGUUCGAAAAUGUCGCCGUUGGCACGGUCAUCGGCGCCGUGUCUGCCACCACUGUUGACCUGAAUACAAACAUCACAUAUUUAAUCACCUCGGGGGACCAUCGGGGUCUUUUCACUGUCAGUGGCGCAACCGGUCAGAUCAGGGCCUCCGGUCAGAUUGACAGAGAGGAGCAGUCAUUCUACCAGCUCAAAGUCAUAGCCAGAGGGGGAGAAGUGACGGGGGAGACACUCGUCAACAUCACGGUCAAGGACCUGAACGACAACGCACCCCGUUUCAUCCACGCCGUCGAGCACGUCAGCGCCGUGGAGAACUGGAGCACGGGACAUGUGAUAUUCCAGGCCAAGGCGGCGGACCCUGACGAGGGCUCCAACGGCAUGGUGGUCUACAGCCUCAGGCAGAACCCGAAAGGCCUGUUCCACGUCCAUGAGAAACAUGGGCUCAUCACACUGACAGGCCCUCUGGAGGUCAGCACCAACUCCUACCAGGUGGAGGUGCUGGCCUCCGACAUGGGGGUUCCCCGGCUCACCUCCAGCCUGACGCUGACAAUCAGCGUGUACGACGUCAAUGAUAACUCUCCAGUGUUUGACCAGCUCUCGUAUGAGGUCAUCAUUCUAGAGUCUGAGCCGGUCAACAGUCGCUUUUUCAAGGUGGAGGCCACGGACAAAGACUCUGGCCUGAACGGAGAGAUUAUGUACAGCAUAGUGGCUGGGAACACGGGCGAUGUGUUUGGGAUCUUUCCGGAUGGGCAGUUGUACAUCAAGACAGAGCUGGACAGAGAGGUCCAGGACAGAUAUAACUUAGUGCUGGUGGCCAGAGACAGGGCAGUGGAGCCGCUAAGCGCGAGUGUCAAUGUCAGUGUAAUUCUAGAUGAUGUGAAUGACAAUCGUCCCCUCUUCAACAGCACUAAUUACGUGUUCCAAUUUGAGGAAGAGCAGAAGAGAGGGUCACUCGUAGGGCGAGUUUUUGCUGAGGAUAAGGACUUUGGCCCCAACAGUGAAGUCAGGUACACGUUUGAGACUCCACAGCCCAACUUUGAGUUGAACACCAUCACAGGGGAGUUGACCAGUACUCUACAAUUGGACCGCGAGUCUCUCAUGAGACAGAGAGGCGCCGCAGUGUUCGGCUUUACGGUUGUGUCCUCAGACCAGGGGCUCCCCAAGCCCCUAAGAGACCAGGCCAAAGUGCAGGUUUACAUCCAAGACAUCAACGACAACCCGCCUAAGUUCACCAAAGACAUUUACCAGGCCUCCAUCUCAGAGUCAGCCCAGAACAUGACACAACUUCUGAGGGUGUCUGCCUCAGACGUAGAUGAGAAUAGAAAUGGACUGGUCCGCUACCACAUAAAGGACGGCAACGAGGAGAGCCAGUUCACCAUCGAUGGCAGCUCAGGCCAGAUCACCCUAGUUGGAAAGUUGGACUAUGAGGCGACUUCUUCCUACUCAUUAAAAAUUAUCGCAGUGGACUCCGGAGCUAUGCCCCUGUCGUCUUCCUGCAUGCUCAGCAUUAGCAUCCUGGAUGAGAAUGAUAACUCCCCGUCAUUCCACAAAUCCACAAUAUCUGUGGACGUUCUGGAGAACAUGAGGAUUGGAGAGCUGGUGGCUUCAGUGACGGCUACUGACUCCGACUCAGGUCCCAAUGCCGACAUAACAUACAGCAUCACUGCGACCAACAACCACGGGACCUUCAGCAUUAGCCCCAACACAGGAAGCAUCUUCCUGGUGAAAAGGCUUGAUUUCGAAACUCAGCCUUUUUACAAACUGAAUAUAACUGCAAAGGACAGUGGGAGGCCGCCGAGGUCCUCAACGAUUCCUGUUGUCAUUCACGUCAGAGACUUCAACGACAAUCCUCCGGUGUUUACCCCAGGGGACAUUUUCAGAUCCAUUCCUGAAAACAUGCCCGUCUCCGCGUCGGUGAUGACAAUCACGGCUCACGACACUGAUGCAGACAUCAACGGGCAGCUGGAGUACUCCAUAGUUCAACAGACGCCCCGAGGAGGUCACUUUAGCAUUGACUCUAGCACUGGACUCAUAUACACCAACAAAGAGAUUGAUAGAGAGUUCUCCAAUCUCUUCGAGUUGACGGUCAAAGCCACUGAUCAGGCAGUUCCUGUGGAAUUCCGUCGCUUUGCCCUGAAAAAUGUCACCAUAUGGGUGACCGACUUGAACGACAAUGUCCCCACGUUUGUUUCCCAGAAUGCCCUGGUCGCAGAGUCCACCAUAGUCAUCGGCUCUAUCCUCACAACAGUGGUCGCGUUCGAUCCUGACGAGGGCUCCAACGGCGAAGUGGAAUACGAGCUGGUGAAGGGCGACUCGGACACGUUCAUCAUGGACCGCUACAGUGGGGACAUCCGGUUGGCCUCUCAGCUGGUGCCGUCCAGGCUAAUCUACAGCCUGACCGUGUCGGCCACUGACCACGGCUCGGAAAGGAAGACCUCCCGGACCGAGCUAACCAUCAUCCUCCAGGGUGCAGACGGGCCCGUCUUCUCGCAGCCCAAGUACAUCACCAUACUGAAGGAGGGCCAGCCGCCGGGAACCAACGUCAUCUCCCUGGACGCCUCCAGCCCCAGGGGCUCGGCCACCAAGGUGGAGUUUUUCAUAGUUUCCGUCCGCAGUGGCGGCAAGGCCGUGGGACGCCUGUUCACCAUUGGCCGCCACACCGGAGUGAUCCAGACCGCUGCCGAACUGGACCGGGAACAGGGCUCUGACCUCUACCUGGUGGACGUGUACGCCAUAGAGGCGGACGCCAGUCAACCCAGGACGCAGAGAGCUGAGGUGGAAAUUACACUCCAGGACGUCAACGACAAUCCGCCUGUUUUCCCGAACGAUCUUCUUGACGUGACCAUUGAAGAGAACAUCGGUGAUGGUUUCAAGAUAAUGCAGCUAACUGCCAUGGAUGCAGAUGAGGGUCCUAAUGCGCUGGUGACCUACACCAUCAUCAGCGGUGCCGACGACAGUUUCAGGAUUGACCCAGAGUCCGGAGACCUCAUCGCCACGAAGAAACUUGACAGGGAACGGCGCUCUAAGUAUUCCCUGCUGGUCCGAGCCGAUGAUGGAAAACAGUCCUCCGAUAUGAGGCUGAACAUCACUGUCAGCGACGUCAACGAUCACACGCCGAAGUUCUCACGCGGAACCUACUCCUUUGACAUUCCUGAGGAUAUGGCGCCAGGCUCCAUCGUGGCGGCGAUCCUGGCCAGUGACUCGGACUCCGGGGUCAACGGUGAGAUCACGUACUCCCUGAAGGAGGACAACGAGGACGACACCUUCCUGCUCAACCCUGUCACGGGCGUCUUCAACGUCACCCGGACCCUGGACUACGAGUCCCAGCAGUACUACAUCCUGACUGUGAGGGCCCAAGACGGCGGCGGCCAGGCCAGCACGGUCAGGGUUUACUUUAACAUCCUGGACGUCAACGACAACGCGCCCGUCUUCAACACCACCGCGUACAGCACCUCGGUCAGCGAGACUCUGGCCCCCGGCUCCAGCAUCGUCACCCUAGGGGCCAGUGAUGCCGACGACGGUCACAACGCACAGCUACUUUAUGAUAUAGCAUCCGGAGACCCUCAAGGCCAGUUUGGCAUCACCAAAGCAGGAGUUCUCCAAUCCAGAAAGGCCUUGGACCGGGAGUCGCGGUCCUUCUACAACCUUGUGGUCACUGUCCAUGACCUGGCCCUCGCCCCCAUGAUCCGUUACACGAGCUCGGCUCAGGUGUCCGUCAUCCUGCUUGAUGUCAACGACUGCCCGCCGACCUUCACCUCCCAGAAGAUGGCCUACGUCCAGGAGAACACUCCGGUCGACACGGUGGUCUUCACAGCCAAGGCCGUCGAUGCGGACAGCGGGCCGAACAGCUACGUAGAGUACUCCCUGAAAGGCGCCUUUGGGAAUAAGUUCAGUAUAGGAACUGUUGACGGAGACGUGAGGCUUGUGGGGGAACUGGACCGGGAGGAGAUGUCCAACUACACGUUAACGGUGGUGGCCACUGAUAAGGGCGAACCGCCGUUGUCUUCAGCCAUGAACGUGACCAUGCUGGUGCUGGACGUGAACGACAACACGCCCAGUUUCUCGCAGAACAUCUACGACAUUGAGAUUGACGAGAAUACGCUGACAGGCACCGACAUCAUCCAGGUGUUCGCCAGCGAUGCCGAUGAGGGAACCAAUGGUCAGAUCCGUUUCUCCAUAGCCGGCGGGAACAUAAACUCCAAUUUCAGGAUUGAUUCGGUCACUGGCGUGAUCUCCGUGGCUAAGCAGCUGGACCGCGAGGCGCGCUCGUCUUAUUCGUUGGUGGUCCAGGCGGCUGACCGCGGCAGCAGCCCCAGGGCCGACCGCGCCAUGGUCAACGUCGUGCUGUUGGACGUGAACGACUGCCCUCCUCUCUUUGAGCUCUCUCCUUACUCUGUGAGCGUUCAGGAGAAUGUAGGGAGCCUCCCCAGGAAUAUAUUACAGGUAAUGGCCAGGGACGAUGACCUGGGCUCCAACGGCCAGCUGAGCUAUAUGCUGAGCGGCGGGAACGAGGAAGGGUGCUUCAGUCUAUCGUCCAGUGGUCAGCUGAUCCUCACCCGGACCCUAGAUCGCGAGUCGCAGGGAAAAUACACGCUGAUCGUCACGGCAACCGACUCAGGAUCUCCUGCCCUGAGUGGAACAGGUAUGGUCACCGUCCUGGUAGAUGACGUCAACGACAACGUCCCCGUGUUCACCUCGUCGGCGUUCCACACGACCAUCCCAGAGGACGUCACCACGGGCACCGACGUGCUCCUGGUCAACAGUUCCGACGCAGACGUGGGCCUCAACGGUGUCAUAAGUUACAGCUUGACCGGAGGCAACGGUCAGUUCUCCAUCAACCCGGCCACAGGACAGAUCAUCACCAGCUCUUUGCUAGAUCGUGAGGCUCGGAGCAACUACCAGCUCCUGGUUGUGGCUGCUGACGGCGGGCAGCCCCUGGGCAUGUCCAGCUCUGCUACGGUGUCUGUGGUGGUGUCUGACAUCAACGACAACCCUCCCCGUUUCCACCAUCACCCCUACGUCACACACAUCCCCGCCUUUACAUCGGCAGGCAAUCUGGUCUUUGCCGUAACAGUGACGGAUGAGGAUGAAGGCCCUAAUGCUCAGCUCCACUACUCUCUAACUGGCCGCAACUCUGACAAGUUCAAGAUUGACCCCGUGAGAGGAGCCAUCACAGCCAAUGAGAGGUUGACAGGCAGCUCGGAGGUCACACUCACUGUCCGAGUAAAAGACGGAGGCACCAAUCCCAGAACUGACUCGACCACUGUGACUGUCCGGUUCGUGACCGGAGGAGACUUCCCUGUCAUCAAGCUGAAGGAUACUACUUUCACAUUUCCAGAGAGCCAACCCGCAAACACAAUCAUUACCACAGUGGCUGGGUCAUCGACACGUGGAGGGGCCCUAACAUACUACAUCGCCAGCGGAAACCUGGAUGACGCCUUUCACAUUGACCAGUUGACCGGAGAGCUGUCAGUCAAACAUUCACUGGACUUUGAAACCAUUCAGAAAUAUGUACUCUGGAUUGAGGCCAGGGACCAAGGAUUCCCUCCCUACUCCUCGUAUGAAAAAGUGGAGAUCACGGUGCUGGAUGUGAACGACAAUCACCCCGUGUUUGACAGGGAACCUUUCCAUGCCGAGAUACUGGAGAACCUGCCCCCUCAGCGGGUGCUCAUGGUGUCUGCCGUGGAUCAGGACAGUGGCCCCAACGGACAGCUGGAAUAUGCUAUUGUCGACGGCAACAAGGAGAACAGUUUCAGUGUCAACCGGGCCACCGGAGAAAUACGAACGACCAGGCCUCUUGACAGGGAAAAAGUGGCUCAGUAUGCCCUUCAAGUUAAGGCCACUGACCGUGGCAACCCACCCAAAAGCACCACCGUAAAAGUCCUGAUAAACGUGCUAGAUGUGAAUGAUAACGCUCCGCGAUUCUCGAAGAUCUUUAGCGCGGCCGUGCCUGAGAACGCCCCUGUGGGGUACACUGUCACCAGGGUUAUGACCACAGAUGAGGAUGCGGGUUCUAAUGCCAUAAGCAAGUAUUCGAUCGCAGACACAAGUCUACCGUUUACUAUAAAUCCAAGUACAGGAGACAUAACUAUUAGCAGACCUCUCAACAGGGAAGAUACUGACCAUUACAUAGCCAAGGUCUCUGCCCAUGAUUCAGGCUGGACAGUUAGCACAGACGUUACAAUAUUUGUUACGGACGUCAAUGAUAAUGCCCCGCGGUUCAGUCGUCCGUCUUACUACCUGGACUACCCUGAGCUCACAGAGGUAGGGUCACUUGUUACUCAGGUGUCUGCAACAGACCCCGACGAGGGCUUCAAUGGCAAAAUAUUCUAUUUCAUCAGGUCCCAGUCGGAGUACUUCAGAAUCAAUUCAAGCUCUGGCCACAUCUUUAUCAAGCAGCGUUUAAAAUAUCAAAACUCAACCGGCGGCAACGUAAACAUGAAUCGUCACAGUUUCAUUGUCACUGCCUCAGACCGUGCGACCAAGCCACUGAUGAGUGAAACUACAGUCAUCAUAAACAUAGUAGAUAGUAAUGACAAUCCACCAACAUUUGAAUCACCGCAGUACUUUACUCCUGUCACUAAAAGCGUCAAAGUUGGCACCAAACUUAUCAGGGUCAUAGCUUAUGACAAGAAAGAUUUUGGCCUAAACUCUGAGGUAGAGUACAUAAUAUCAGGAGGGAACAGCUCUGGCAAGUUCAAACUAGAAAUGCAGAGUGGGUGGGUUGUUGUUGCAUCCUCGCUUACCUCAGAUAUAAACAAAGUGUUCCUCAUGGACGUUACAGCCAGAGACAAAGGGAAUCCUCCUCUGACUGCUAAAACCACUGUAAAAGUGGCAGUCACUGAGGAGAACCACCACACCCCUGAAUUCUCCCAAAGCCAGGUCACAGCUACGAUACCUGAGAGCCUUGCUGUGGGGACAGCCAUCAGGACACUUUCUGCCAGGGACAAAGAUAAAGACAUGAAUGGCCUCAUCACGUACAACAUCACUUCAGGUAAUGAAAAGGGCCUGUUUGCUGUCAACAGUAAAACAGGAGUCCUAUCUCUGGCCAAUCAUCUUGACUUUGAGGAAAAGCAAAGACAUGAACUCAGAGUAACAGCCACUGAUGGGGGAUGGAUUGCAAAGACCAGCUACGUCACUGUCACCGUCCAUGUGACCGAUGUGAAUGAUAACCCACCUAUAUUUGAUCCCGAUGAAUAUUUCCCUGUGGUACAGGAAAAUGUUCCCAGUGGUACCACAGUAGUGAAAAUGAAUGCCACAGACAGAGAUUCUGGGCCGAAUGCUGUCAUGGCAUAUGUGAUCCAGUCGUCAGACAGUGACCUCUUUGUAAUUGAUCCAAACACAGGAGUGAUCACCACCCAAGGUUUUCUAGAUUAUGAGGCCAAGCAGGUCUACCACUUAACAGUGAAGUCCUUCAACGUCCCAGAUGAGGAACGUUGCAGCUUCGCCAACGUCAACAUUCAGCUCAAGGGGGCCAAUGAAUAUGUUCCCCGUUUUGUCUCCAAGCAGUAUUACUUUGAAGUUUCUGAAGCAGCUCCCAGAGGCACAGUGGUGGGCGAGGUGUUUGCCAGUGACCGUGACCAAGGAGAUGAUGGCGUGGUCUACUACCUAAUUUUUGGGAAGAGCAGAAGAAAGGGAUUCGGCAUCAACAAGAAAACAGGACAGAUCUAUGUCACAGGUCCCCUUGAUCGCGAGAAAGAGGAAAAGAUCUCCCUCAAAGUCCUGGCGAAGAACGCAGGAAGCAUCCGCGGAGCGGACAUCGACGAGGUCUUCGUGAACGUCACAAUCCUGGAUGCCAAUGAUCCUCCUGUUUUUAGCCAAGAGCUCUAUGAUGUUCAGAUAAGUGAGGGUCUCGCACCUGGUGGUCUGGUCACCUUCGUUAGUGCCCAGGACUCUGAUUCAGUCCCAAGCUGGAGUAGAUUCUCUUACUCUAUAUCUUCUAAUCUAGAGAAAAAUGUAUUUACCAUCAACCCCCAGACUGGACAAGUGUCUGUAGCUGAGGAGCUGGACAGGGAAACCAUUCCUGUGUACAACCUGACCCUGCUAGCUGUGGACUCUGGCUCACCCUCCGCGACUGGAAGUGCCACCCUGAUUGUGAGUCUGGAAGACAUUAAUGACAACGGUCCUACUCUGACGACACUGUACGCAGAAGUCAUGGAGAACCAGAAGGCUGGGACAGACGUUGCAACCCUUUCUUCAACCGACCCAGACCUUUCACCCAACCAAGGACCGUUCGCCUACCGUUUGCUAAGCGUUGGCUCAGCCAGCAGCUACUUCAGCCUCAGUCCUACCGGAGUGCUGACCACCAGUCGUGAGAUCGACAGAGAGCAGAUCGGUGACUUUUACCUGUCAGUGGUGAUUAAAGACUCUGGCAUCCCUCAGAUGUCCUCCACUGGAAUUGUCCACAUAAAAGUCAAUGAUCAGAAUGAUAACCCAUCAGAGCCGCGCUCUGUGGAGAUUUUUGUCCACUAUUUCGGAAACAUGUUCCCUGGAGGGUCCCUUGGGGUUGUGAAGCCCCAGGACCCCGACAUCCAGGACAGUUUUCACUGCUCUUUGACCCCUCCUUCGUCCAGUCUUUUCACUAUCCCAACUGGCACCUGUGACCUCAACUCCAAGGCCCGCGCUACAGACGGAACAUUCGAACUAGCUGUGCGAAGCAGUGAUGGUGUCCACGGUGCUGUCAGCAGUAACGUCCGGGUGUUCUUUAUGGGAUUCACCAAUGCCACUGUGGACAACAGUAUCCUGAUUCGCCUCCGUGUGCAGGGGGUGACCGACUUUCUUGCCAAUCACUACCUCAGCUUUGUGCGCAUCGCAAAUUCACAGCUGGCAGGACUAGGCACCGGAGUACUCUUGUAUGGCGCUUUUGAACUCAACAACCAGACUUUCCUGAUGGUCGCUAUCAAGCGCAGCCACGGACAGUAUGUUAACCCCAGUGGAGUGGCCACCUUCUUUCAAAGCAUCAAAGAGGUUCUGCACCGGCAGAGCGGAGUGGAAGUUGACUCUGUCGACCACGACCCCUGCACACGCAACCCAUGUCAGAAUGGGGGCAGCUGUAAGAAGCAUCUUAGCGUGGGGCCAAGUAUGAAGACAGAGGAGAGUGUUCCAGUGAUACUUGUCUCAAACCGGCCCCUCCAGCCCUACGCCUGCAGCUGCCGACCAGGCUACGCAGGGGCGCUGUGCGAGACGGAUAUAAACGAGUGCCUGCCUUCCCCUUGCCACAAUGGUGGGACCUGCCAGAACCUUGUGGGGGGAUUCUCCUGCACCUGUCCAGAGGGAUUCACCGGAAUGGCCUGCGAGAGGGACGUCAACGAGUGCCUCUCAAACCCCUGCAAGAAUGGGGCACUAUGCCAGAACUACCCCGGUGGCUUCAACUGCCUCUGCAAAUCUGGCUUUGCAGGCAAAACGUGUGAUGCCAUCAUCAAUCACUGUGAGUGUAGCCCAUGUUUUAAUGGUGGCUCCUGUCAAAACAGAGUGGAUGGAUAUCAGUGCCAAUGUCCCUUUGGGGUCUUUGGAAAACACUGUGAACUCAACAGCUAUGGCUUUGAGGAGCUGUCCUACAUGGAGUUUCCUAGCCUGGAUCCUAACAAUAACUACAUUUACAUCAAGUUUGCCACACUGAAGAGCAACGCUCUCCUCAUGUACAACCAUGACAACCAAACUGGAGACAAGGCGGAAUUCCUGGCCCUGGAGAUCUAUGAGGGACGGAUGCGCUUCUCGUUUAACUUGGGAAGCGGGACCUAUAAACUGUUGACUAUGAUAAAAGUUUCGGACGGACAGUUCCACACUGUCAUCGCGAGGAGAGCUGGAAUGGCUGCCUCCCUGACAGUGGACCUGUGUGGAGAUGAUCAAGAGCCAGGCUACUGUGCUGUGAGCAGUGUAGCUGUCCACACUGACUGGAUCCUGGACGUUGGGCCGAACAGGCUCUCGGUCGGUGGCGUCAGGUCGAUAGAGCCCGUCCUUCAUCGCCGUGGCCAGAUCGCCACCCACGACUUCGUGGGCUGCAUCAUGGAGUUCGCCGUCAACGGCCGCCCACUAGAGCCCAGUCAGGCCCUGGCUUCUCAAGGCAUCCUUGACAGGUGUCCCAGACUAGAGGGAGCCUGCACGGCCAAUCCCUGCAGACACGGGGGUACCUGUAUUGACUACUGGUCCUGGCAGCAGUGCAGAUGCAUGGAGGGCUUCACCGGCAAAUACUGCGAGAAAUACAUAACGGCGGACACUGCCCUCUCGCUGGACGGGACCGGUCGCCUCGACUAUGUCAUGCGCCAAAGCCCCAAGCGGGACGCCUUGCUGCGGCAGAGUCUCGUGGGCUUGACCACUGCCCUGUCGGGACCCAGCAGCCUUGAGGUGAAGUUCCGCACCCGCAGCAAGAGCGGCACUCUGGUCCACGUUCAGGAGAGCAGCGACUACACCACCAUCAAGCUGAAGAACGGCAACAUCCACUAUAUCUCCGAUGCCGGGCUGGGCGGCAAGGUAGAGAGGACUCUGGGGGAGUCGGACCUAUCAGACGGCCAGUGGCACGUCCUGCAGAUCUCCAGGAACGGCUCCACCACCUCCCUCCACGUGGACGGGGCACUCGUCAAACUCACCCAGCGCCCCACGCAGGACUUUGGCGGUCUCAGCGUCCUGACCAUAUCUCUUGGCGGAGUUCCCUCCCAGCAGAAAAUUGCGUUGGGCUUUGACGGCUGUCUGGCUUAUGUGAAGUACAACGGGGAGAAUCUACCGUUUAGUGGAGAUCACAGCACCGUCACCAUCAUCAAGACCAGUCCGGCUGUCAAGAUCGGCUGCAGAGGGCCAAACCUGUGCGAGAGCAACCCUUGCUGGGACGGCCUGAUGUGUGUCAACCAGUGGUACACCUACCAGUGUGUUCCGCCCGGAGAAUGCUCCUCUAAUCCCUGCCAGAACCGAGGGAGCUGUAUUCCCGGUCCACGCUCCGGUUACACCUGCGUCUGCUCUGAGUUCUACACCGGCAAAACAUGCGAGACCCUGGUGGCGUGCCUAGGGGUUCAAUGCCCUCAGGGGACCCUUUGCAAGACGGCCAACAACGGCGGCUUCAUCUGCAGCCCGAGCACUGCGGACAAGGAGCUGACGCUGCCCAUCUGGGCGGUGCCGGCCAUCGUGGGGAGCUGUGCCACAGCUCUGGCCCUGGUGGUGCUCAGCCUGAUCCUCUGCAACCACUGCAAGGGUCGCAAAAACACCAAAGUGCCGAAGGAGGAGAAGAAGCCUAAAGAGAAGAAGAAGAAGAAGAAAGGCAGCGAGAACGUGGCUUUUGACGACCCAGAUAACAUCCCGCCAUAUGGCGACGACAUGACAGUAAGGAAGCAGCCAGAGGGGAACCCCAAGCCGGAUAUUAUCGAGAGGGAGAACCCCUACCUGAUCUACGACGAGACAGACAUCCCCCACAACAAUGACGCCAUCCCCAGUGCCCCAUGCGCCCCUUGCCAGAUGCCCGAGGCCGACAUCGAACAUUACGACAUAGACAACGCCAGCAGCAUCGCCCCGUCAGACGCCGACAUCAUCCAACACUACAAGCAGUUCCGCAGCCACACGCCCAAGUUCUCCAUCCAGAGACACAGCCCUCUGGGCUUCGCCAGACAAUCUCCUCUGCCCUUAGGAGCCACAAGCUAUACCUACCAGCCCCAGUACAGUCAGGCCCUGAGGUCCACGCCUCUCAGCCACUCAGCUUGCCCCACACCCAACCCACUCUCCAGGCACAGUCCGGCCCCCUUCACCAAGCCCUCGUCCUUCUACCGCAACACCCCCACCAGGGAGUUGAACCUGGCUCGCCGGGAGGGCAGCCCGAUGGACCUGCACCACAACGAGAUGGGUCAGCCGGGCGCCAUGUUCAACUACGCCACCCGGCUGGGCCGCCGCAGUAAGAGCCCCCAGACCAUGGCGGGGCACGGCCACGGCUCCCGGCCAGGAAGCCGGCUGAAGCAGCCGGUCGAGCAGAUCCCCCUAGAGACCGGGCCGCCCGUGGGCCUGUCCAUCGAGGAGGUGGAGAGGCUCAACACGCCACGUCCCCGCAACCCCAGCAUCUGCAGCGCUGACCACGGCCGUUCCUCAUCCGAGGAGGACUGCCGGAGGCCCCUCUCUCGGGUGCGCAACCCGGCGGACGGCGUCCCCGCCCCGGAGUCAUCGUCCGAGAGUGACUCGCACGACUCCUUCACCUGCUCGGAGAUGGAGUACGACAGGGAGAAGCCGGUCGCCUACAGCUCCAGGGUGCCCAAGCUGUCCCAGGUCAACGAGUCGGACGCUGAUGAUGAGGACUACGGCGGACGGCUCAAGCAGAGGCGCUACUCCAGCCGGAGAGCCGAGGGCGGGCCUGCAGCACAGGUGCAGAUGACGGAUCACUACACUUUGCCACAUAAACUGGGCCAGCAAGCUGGCGGAUUCAACUGGGACAACCUGCUGAACUGGGGCCCCGGCUUCACCCAUUAUGUGGAUGUGUUUAAGGACCUGGCCCUGCUGCCGGAGAACGCAGCUGCAAAAGACAUGAACAUUGAAAUGAACAGUGGGGAUGGAUCAGUGACCAUACUGAACGAAGGGGAGGCCGAGCAAUAUGUAUGAGGCUAUUUAUUACAAUCCUGUAAACUAUGGUAUGUUCUCUAAAAGAGAAGCAAAGACGAUGUAUAUAUAUAUGAGAGGCGGAGAAUGUUGGACUAGCAAUCUCCGUUCUUUUACUUUGUGCAAAUAAGACGACCUUCAAUGCAGUGAGGCAGAAAAGGACAACUGUAAUAUUACUUGUAAUGAAGUUAACCCCUUGGAAGAGUUUGAGUCCUCCCCCGACCACAUAUUGUAACUGUAAUAUCAUUUAUCUUUUCGAGGCCUCAUGGUGCGGUACAGAUUAACACCAAAUGGUUGGAACAAUAAGCCUGUGUCUGAGUUUAAUUUGGUGACUGCAAACCUCAGUUUUAUCUUAAUCAAAUGUAGCUGGUCUGUAAUAUCAACUUUGCCACUCCUGUGCAAAGCUUCUGUCACAUUCACAGGUGAAAGAUAAGAUUAGCAAUAACGUUGAACCACUUGCAGAAGAAAUUCCAAACGCCAUUGCAAUUGCAAACCUAGGCCACUGUCAUUUUUGCCCCAUUUUUUUAAACAAAGCAUGUGUGUUUGAGCUCACUGCACCUGUAGGCACUACGAUUCAGUUCUCAGUGCUAAAAGGAGCACGCCCCUUUGUUCGCACGGUAAUUGAGGCCUGCCAAUGUUAUGACCCAAGCCCAGAAACCGCUCACUCUGGCUGUAUGUUUUCUCUCAGAUGACUUGGUAAGCGCUCCAAGAGCUAGGAUUAAUCAAGUCUCUGCCUUACAGACAUUUGAGGAUUUGAGAUCAGGGAGGAUAGCGUUGAUUCUGUUGGCUGGUGCUGGGAAGGAAAGGUUCUGGUAUAAGUUCUCUAUGUCGCAACUGGUGUGUUAUUUGACCAUCCAAAUCGAUUUGGGAAAGGAUAGCUGAUCCAUACCAUCUUGACAGAAACCCCUGCAUGCUAAUAGCUUGGGUAAAAAAAGAUAUUCAUACGAAAUCAUGGAAGUCAUUGUGUUUUUGUCAUUAUGUAUGGUUUCUACUUUUUGUACUGUUUAUUAACUUAAAUUACUUGUUUUUAUUGAUAUUUUCAUAUGCUGAAGUUUAUGUUCUUACUUUCAGGGAAAGUAAGAUUAAAGACUUAUUUUUUACAUUUGUUACGUAUGUAACAUCAGUAUUUUCCACUUUUGAUAAAACUAUAACAUACUUUAUGCUUUGUAAAUGUAAAAAGCCAAUAACAGAAUAAAAAAGUAUUUAUUUAAA